UGAAGAUUGCUAAAAAUGAUGCCUCAAACUCCGACGAUUAAAGAUUUCGCAGUAAAGACCUCUAUCAAUCCUGCCUGUGCAGGCUCGGUGUUCCUUGAAACCUCUGAGUGUAAAAUUGUGUGUGAGAUCGAAGGUCCUUCAAUCAGUGGAGCUAAGAAUGUCCAAAGUAUUCAGGUGAGGAUUGAAGACACUACUGUUGACAAGAUUAUUGAACAAACCCUUGGAGAUGAUGACUUCGAGAAGGAUAAAGAACUUAAAGUAAAAAGAGUCGAGUUAGAACAGGUUUUGACUAGUAUCACAGAAAACUUGGUUAGGAUGGAAGAGUACCCUAACAUGGAACUCGCCAUUACUUUUAAGAUUUUUGAGAAUAGGAUGAAUAUUAAGCAAUACCUUGCUCUUGCUCUUUCUAUGGCUCUUGUUCAUAGUGGAAUUCAGACAAAUACUAUUAUGGUUCCGUGAGCCAUUGCUAAAACAGAGGAUGGAGAUUACAUUCUUGAUCCUAAGCAAACAGAAUGGGAGAGUAGUAUCUCUAAACUUUUCAUCUGCUUUGAUAUUGAACAAGAUGAAGUUAUUCACAUGGAAUCUUCUUGAUCCAAAGCUCAAUCAUUAGAAGAGAUAAAUAAGAUGAUUGAUAUCCUCAAGCUUGCAGGGAAAGAGUAUUCUAAACUGAUUUUUGAGAAAAUCAAUAUGGAAAAUUAGUAAACGCAGCUAUUUUCAAUAAUA